AUGGCCUCUGAAUUCAGUGCUAUAAUUCAAUCGCUAAUUGCAAGCACUCCUUCUGGCGAGAUCAAGGAUGUUUACAAAGAUCUUGUGACUAUAACUGGCGAGAAGUCGAAACACACUAUUUUGGACGCAAUAGCCCAAUACAACGUCACGAACUUCAUUCCUAUUCAAGUUAGUGACAGUUCUGUGAUAAUUUCUAACUACAACAAAGAAGGCUCCAAGUUUUUUGACCCUGUAACUUCCCGAUUAUUUUCAGUAAAUCAUCUCGAGCGCACCGCGUUUGACGUGGAACAAAGUGAAAAGGUGCUCGAUAGCACCUCCGAAUCAAUUUACAAAGACUUGGCAAAAUACGCGUCGAAAACUUUCCCCGGUAAUGUUUCCUAUGCUGUAUAUCCCGAAGGCAAUACGCCUAGCGAGGUUGUGAUAGCGCUCGUCAGCACCAAAUACAGCCCUGGAAAUUUCUGGAACGGUCAUUGGAAGUCAGUGUACCACUACAACACGGAGACCGGUGAGUUGAAGGGAACAAUUGAUGUUGAGGUGCAUUACUUUGAAGAUGGAAACGUGAGUUUUGUAUGCAGCAAGGACGUGGAAGACCAAUCUGCUCGCGAUGUAGUGGUUGCCAUCAAAAAUUUGGAAAGUGAACUUGAAGAAGAAACAAGUGCUUCCUUCAAUAAUUUGAACGAGAAAGAGUUCAAGCUGCUAAGGAGAAGAUUGCCUGUGACUCGUUCUAGGAUAAAUUGGGGUAAAGGUAUAGGGAGCUACAGGCUUGGCAAGGACUCGGCGGAAAAUCAGUUCAAGUGA